UGCGGAUAGCGCCAAGAGGAGAAGUGCAAGCCGUACCAGCCUAGGCAGCCACUCUAGUCUGGACCAAACCCAGUCCCAAACUUCCAGGGCAGGUGCAACACACUCGGACGGCAACAGCAGCGCUACCACCUCCCCGGGCACGGGCUCCCGUCCCGCUUCAGCCCACCACGACCAUACCGGGACGGGCAAGAGCUCGAAUAACGGCACACAAACCGAUCCUCUGGCAAGCCAAGCCAGAAGUAGUAGUGCCAGUGCUAGUAUUACCAGCAGCGCGCUUGCCUCCGGGCACAGUGUCGGUUCGCUUAUGGCCAGUGGGACCAACUCGUCGCAGUCGCAGGGCAGGACGAUGCCGGCUGGUCCUAGUGUCAGUGUCAGUGUCACUCUCCCGGAGGACGAAUGCCGCAACUGCCAUAUGACACUCGAAGAGAUUGAGAAGAAAGAGGUAGAAGCACGAGCACAGGUAGACGACACAUAUGAUACGUCGUCCAUGGGCUCAGUCAGUAGCGACGACAGCUCUCUUGACGUCGAUAUACAGAAGAGUGUGCGCAGCGUUGGGGCCAUUCCACAUGAGAUAACCAUGCAGCCCACUAUCGAUGGCCCGGAAAACAAACUGUCUGAUUUUAUCACUCGCGAGAACCAUGAGCACUUAAACACCCAGCCGCCUAUGGGAGGAGUGCUGCCCCAUCAGACGUGUAUGAUUGUGCUGGGGUCGUUCGGAUGUCACAUCCUGGCCAGAGAGCUGGCACGUAUUGGCAAAGGGGACAUCAUCAGCUACGUCUUCUAUCCGCGUGGGUGUGGCAAGUCAUCGGAACUCAAAGAAGACAACACAGAAGAACAUCCACUGGCCGAUCUACGGUCAUUUAUCCGCCGCAUCAAACAGAUCAGAGGCACAGAGACACCGGUCAUUCUGUGCGGCUUUGCGCUGCUGUCAAGUGUCGUGCUUAACUAUGCCAGCUGGAGUAAGCGUGAAGAGGUGGACGGGUAUUUCCUGGUCAGCCCGUGGUUUGGCAAGACUAAAUCAGGACAGGACUCGCUCGUUAAAGUCAAUCAGAUUGGGAAAGGGCUGCUGAAGGGCCUGGGCCGUAUCCGUGGCAACGGACUAGCCCUGGAAUUCGGGUCGGACUUAAAAAAAAUGCUGGACAAAUAUGAGCCCAUGUUCCCCUCGGCCAAAGGUGUGCAGUCGAUAUACCUCAAACUCAUGCUAUACGAUCUAGACAAAGACUUCAAACAAUUCGACAAGCCUUUCUGUGUCAUCAUGGGGGAAGAUGACGAGUUCGUGGAUGUGCCUGUAGUGCUCGCCGGUCUCAAGGGUGCCAAGAAGGUCCAUGCCAGUCGGAAACACAUCGAGGUUGUUCCCGGCGAGACCAUGUUUUCGGUGCAGUUGAAGAUUGACAGCAUGCUGCCGUGGCUGUAUGACCUGGUAAAAUCAGGUGUACAACCCGAACCAGGCAUAAAGCUAGGCCCCGAUACAAGCCUUAAGGACUUUGCCAUUAUGAAUCUCAUUGGCAGGGGUGGGUUUGCUCAAGUGCGGCUGGUGCAACACAAACAGACAGAGAAGUACUUUGCCCUCAAGAUAAUGGAGAAGAAGGCUAUGAUAGAGAUGGACGCGGUA